AUGCACGACUUUGUCAACCGUUUGAUUGAAGACAGCGCGAAGAAUUGGGGAGACGACAGUACGGUCACCAUGACCAACUGUGGCAUGAAAAAUGUCAACAACACGAACUGUUUCUUCUCGGAGUCGAACGAUACCGUAGAACAUAAUAGAGGGGAUACCUACCAUAGUCCUCGCGGCCCAAUAACAACCCACACCGCUCCUAAUGGGAACCAAAACUUUAAUAAUGGUAGCGGCACGUUCAAUACUGCCCGUAGCCAAACGUUCGCUGCCCCAAACGGCCAACCUGAGAGAGAGGGUUCCCCAAUUCCGUACUGGGACCCGAGAGGUCAAGUUCAAACCCAACCUUCGCCCUGGUCGCGACAUGAGGCCACCGCACAGCAAGGCCCUUUCGAACGCAGAGGGAAGAUACGCCUGGAAAACUGCGGUUGGAAGAAUGUGGGCAAUACGAACUCCACCUUCGUAGAGUCGAAGGAUAGAACGGCGUACACCAGCGGUGACUACUACAACAACCCACAGGGCCCGAUCAACACAUACAGGACUCCCGGCGGAACGCAGAACAUCAAUAACGGUAACGGUAUAUUCAAUAAUAUUGCUGGCUCGCAGACCUUUUGUCCUACCGGUGACCAGCAAGUCAGCGGUUAUCCUAACCCAUGGCAAAACCAGCAUCCUCGAGCUGUCCCUGCAUCCAAGGCGGCAUGGAGGCGGGAUAGGAAAGCCGCAGAGAAGUGGCAGUCGCAUGACACGAGCUCCUUGGACUUCGAUUAG